AACGUCAAAACAACAGCGUCUCAACAGCUGGCUCCCCGAUGUAAAGUUGAUUUUUUCACUUUUCUGUUUAUCUAUUUGGCCAUCAUGGGGGAGGAAAGUGCAAUAGUUACGGCAGCAGAGGGUAGUGCCGAGGCGAAGAUGGCACCACAGGAAGCCUUUGUUAUCAGUUGUCUCGACAGCCAAGCACAGAGAAAUGACGUCCACCAGAAGAUUAAAGAAUUUAUUAAGGGCCUCCAUGAAAAGGAUGAAAGUACAGAGCAAGAAUGUGAUAUUAUCCACCUUGGCCAGACUGGUUGGGAGUCUGUUGGUCUAGUCGCAAGUCCAACAUAUUAUGUGAUAACCCUGUGUCGCAAAUAUGGCCUGUUGCCCACAGAGCGCUCUGUGCUGCUCUCUGUGCGGGACCAGUAUCAAGUUAUUCAGCUGUGUUUAGCCCGCAUCAAUAAAAAAAAACAUGGUGAGUUCAUGGCAGCUGCUAGUGAUGUUCUAGAUGUAUGGAACCAGAUGUACCAGGACACUGUGGCAUCACAGGCGGAUACAGAAGAAAGCUGUGAAGAAUUGGAUCUCCCUAACAUUUCCCAAAGUGUGGAUCCGUGCAUGAGAGAAAUGAUGGAGAUCAUCGAGGCAUACAAUGACUUCCUUCGUAACUCCGGAUGCCUUGAUCACUUUACUCUUUACAAGAUCUUGAAAAAGCAUAUGGCAGGGAAGCAUGAAGUGCUGAAAGAUAUUGCAUCAAAGGUGUACAUCCUAGAAGCUGUGAGCCAAAUGCCAGCCAUAGAGAGAGAGUUGGUGAAGAUCCUUCUACAGAGCGCUAAAGCCUUCAGAGCCACAGUGGGGCUGCCUCUUGCUGCAGACACUUCUGGCACUGCCUAUGAUUUAAACAUGUCAGGCAUUGGAGACGUUGAUGACCUAGCAUUGUCUCAAGGAAACACCGACCAACUACAGCAAGAUACAGACAAGCCAGAGGAGGAUUCUCAAGGCAUUAAAGGGAAUAAUGGCAGUAGCAUUGCCAGCUUGGAGAUUGACUCCCUGGAAUGUCCCUUAGUAGAGUACCUUAGCUGCGAGCCCAAAGAGGCAUGUGAGGGGUACACAUGCACAGAAUCUGAGCUUUAUGUUGAGCAGCUAAUCCUCUCUCACCUGCGGUUGCUUAUAAAUACAAGGGAUGAACUGGCUUUGACAACCAGUUGUAGCAUCCCAGGGAGAGAGAUCUCACAGCAAGGCUUUGCAGACAUUAAAGAUGAAGCUCAGAAGAAGAACAUGCCCAUGUUUCAGACCAUACUCUCCUUCAUCAUGCGACUGCGUCUUGGUGGUAAGGGGUACCAGCCAGACCCGGAAAACCCAGUACUGCUCCAUGCUAAGCCUCUGGGGGAAUUUGUGGACUCCAUUAUGAAGCUUCAGAGCGUAGCAGAGGAGGAACCUGACCUAAGGAAAGCAUCCUCAAAGGUACUCUCCCUCAUCAAGAGUGGUCUGGUGCGCAUGAGGGGCUGCGUCCUCAAGAAGGCAACCAUCGAGCAAGUGUGGGGGAGGCUAAAUGCAACCCUUGACAGCCUUCUCAACGACCACCCGAGGGAUGGCCAGGUCACCCAAAAGGUCCAGCAGACCAAAGGGCUUCGACCCUGUCUCAAGGUCUUGCUCCAGUUAUGUGAUGAGAUCAGUGGCCAUGCAUCAUCAAUGGGUAUUGUGGAUGCCCUGGGAGAGCACUUCCUUACACAGUGCAGCAGCUCUCGCAAGACAGCAACACCCAUUCGAAUCCCCUCAGUCCUGUCAUUGUUCAGGUCUCCAGCAGAGGCAAAGGACAGCAACAAUGGAGAUGGAGUUGAUAGUGAAGGGAACCUCCUUGUUCGAAUCAUGAAGAAGAAAGGACUGGCCCCCAAGGAAGAAGCUCAGCCCCAGAGAUUCCAGUCAUCAUGUGCAUGGGCUCCCGAAGACAUGUCACCGGUGAGGCCAAACGGUGCCAACAACAGCCUCUCCCCAAUUGUAGGUCCGACACUGAAGGCUGUGGGCAAAGGCAGCAGGAGCAGUCAGAACUGGAGGGAGAUUGUCAGUUCUCUGCCGAAACGGGAGGGUGAUGCUAAUGACGCUGGAGAAACAGAGGAAGCACCACCAGAAAGCACUGAGGAAACAAACAAGAAUGAGGAGAAGAACCAGGCAAACCCAAGUGAAAAGGCCAGUGGGAAGACCAAGAAAAAAUGUAGCAAGAGAUCUUUACUGUCUGACAUAGCAAACAUAUCAGCCGAACCUGAGGCCAAGAAAGCAAAGGCUGAGGCAACUAAGCCGCAGAAGGAGAAAGCUCCAUCCAAGAAGAGUGCCAAGCUGAAGCCCAUCCCAAAGGGCCAGAGGUCAAUUACGGCAUUUUUCAAGACAUAGAGGUCUUGCAUCUGUUUGUAUAGGGGGUUCCAGGGUGUUGUUUUAAAUGGGGUGUCUUUGUAUAGGUAAGUGUCUUUAUAGGGUACCUGGAUUUCAUUAGAGGAGAGAAGAAACCUUCAUAUGAAGAUGUUCUCAGAUUUAUUUUAGUAUCUGUCAAGAUGAAAUUGUAUUAUACUUACAAGUGUGUCUGUGUUUUGUGUGUGAAUUGGGAAGGUUAGUAUGGUACUUUCUUUAGGUGUGCAGGAAUGGGCUAGUUUAUCAUUUGUCGUAAAUAUUGUUAUUGAAUAUUUUACAGGAUGUGAGCAUAACAAUCAUUAUUUUUAUGUUCAGCAUUACUGCUGUACACCAUGUACAGCAUAAAACUGCUUUUUAUGUGUUCCUGUUAUAUUUUAUUUAUUUAGAAUUUUAAGUUCUAUACUACAAUAUGCCAAAGGUUUUGAGAAGCCAAUGAAUGUAUUUUGUGCAUUAAUGGAUUUUACCAAAUAUAGGAAGCCUAGUCUAUUAUUCUAUAGGAAAAAUCUUCAAUACAGUGAUAAGCAAAUGCACCUUAUUAGCUGUAAUAUAACAGCAGAUUUAUGUAAUCUGAGUUCUUCAAAUAUAAGUAUUUUGAAUAGUUAUUUGAUAAAUUAAUGCUUAUAAUGUUAUAGUUGUGUGUAAAAGUUGGUUUACCAUAUUAAAAAAUUGUAACAGUGAAGAAUGGUUUACAUGAAAAUUCCAUGACAGACCUCCUUUUAAUAGGGGUAAAAAGAAAGAAAGAAAAAAAUAAAUAAAUAUAUAUCCAUGCUGACAGAGUUCAUGUAUGAUAACUCCUUAAAAAUUGUAUUGUAUUUACUCAAGAUUUGUUUAACAAUGAGGGACCAUUUUGCCUUAUGAUGUACAAAAGUAAUAAUUUUUGUUAGUCCUCUGGUAUUUUUUAAAUUUUACCAUAAUGUUAAAGGACUCUAGUGUUGCUUUAAAUGGAGUUGUGAUACUCUUUGCAUUAACUUUGAUGUUAAGAUGUCUAUAUGCAAUGAUCUAUGAUAUUAAAAGAUGAAUUAGGCUUGAUUUGGGCUAGUGAAAUUAAAGCCUCAUUUAUAAACUUUGGUUUACGGUUUUAUGACUUAAUUAUUUGUAGGUAUUUAGUAUCUAUAUGCAUAUCAUAUACUCAGGUUUUUGUAAUUUUAGGGGAGUGGAAAGGCUUUAAAACAGACGAUAUAGGUUGUGCUUAUUUGUUUCAUUGCAGUUUUAUACCUAUAAAACAAGAUAGAUAGGUUGUACUGCCAGACUGACAAAUAUUGUGUUGAGAGUGGAGAUGUGAAAAUAAUUUUUUAAUUAUAUUAACACAGCUAAUAUAUUGGUUUGAAUAUGUAUACAAUAAAAAUGUGAAAACUAAUUCA